AUGGAUACUACACAGAUGUCUCCAGAAAAAUCUCAGACUACUUCACGGAGUUUAACAAGAGCUUUAGCAUUAGCCUUCAAUGAGUGGCUGCUUAUGCUCAUGCUCUUUGUUAACUCCAUAUUCACCUACGUGAUCACAAAGUUUGCAGACUACUCUCAGCUCCAAUCUCCAUGUCUUAUAUGCUCAAAGCUUGAUCAUAUCCUAGGGAGGACAGAACAAUUGAAGAAAUCUCAUUGGGACAUGUUUUGCUCUAAACACAAAUCAGAAAUCUCUUCAUUGGUUUUCUGUGAUGGCAAGCUUGUAGAUGUCCGAGGAAUGUGUGAGACUUGCCUUCUCUCUUUUGCUACAACUAAUAAGUCUAAUGCUGAUGAGACUUUCAGAUUAUUGGUUGGGAAGUUGAGUGAAGAUUCUUCCUCUGGAUCUAAGAGUGAUCAAAGCACAAGUCCAAGAUGUUGCACAUGUUGUAAUCAGGUGUGGAUGUCACAAACCGGUUCUACUAAUGAGGUGUUGGUUAAACCGGAAACACUAUCCAAGAUUCAAACUAGUACACAAAAGAAAAGUGUCAGGUUCAAUGAUUUGCCUCAUGUUGGGUACACUGAGCUCAAGAUUCAUUCAGAUACAGAACCAGAAGAUGUAUUUUUUGAAGAUGAAGGUGUUGCAGUCAAAGAAGAGGAUCAUAGGCUUCAAAAUAUGGACCUGGAGACUCUUCCAGUUAUCAGUUUGCCUUAUGAUAUGGCUACUGAUAAGCUGCUAAACCUUGACUCCUAUUUGCAGCCUUUGGUUGACCAAAAUGACCAAGAGGAAGUUCAUUUUACAGUUAAUGAGGUGCCUGAAACAUCUGAGAAGGCGUUGAAGGAGGAAGAAAUCAUUUCACUAGAUAAUAGUUUUGUAACAUCACGCGGCGUGGAGGAUUCUGCAGCUGUUCUGAAGGAGAAAGAAGAUUUGAUUCACGCUCAAGAUACUUCUGCUACACCAGAUUCUAAGGAAAGUCCUGCAGAUGCCUUGAUGGAGGUGACUGAGCUUAUUCCAGUUAAUGGUGUGUCUGAAACCUCAGAGAAGGUGUUAAAGGAAGAAGGGAUCACAUCAUUAGAUGAUCUUCUCUUAACAUCACGCGGCGUGGAGGAUUCUGCAGCUGUUAUGAAGGAGGAGGAAGAAGAUUUGAUUCAACUCCAAGAUAUUUCUUUAACAUCAGAUUUUAAGGAUACAGAGCUUAGUUGCCUUAAUGAUGUUACUUCAACAGCAGUUGCAGGUGAAACUCCUGAAGAUGUAUUAAUGAGGGAGACUGUUUUACCGGAGAAAGAAGAGAUGGUUCACCUCCAAGAGACUUCUUUAACACCAGAUUCUAAGGAAAUCCCUGCAGAUGUCUUUAUAGAGAAGGCUGAGCUACUUUGCAUCAAUGAUGUUACUUCAACACCUUCAAAUGCUGCUGAAACUUCUAAACAUGUCUUAAAGAGGGAGGAAAAAGAAGAGCUGGUUCACCUCCAAGAUACUUCUUUAGGUGAAAAUUCUAAGGAAACUCCUGCAGAUGCCUUGACGGAGGAGAGUGAGCUUGUGUGCCUCAAUGAUGUUGCUACUUCAACAUCAUCAGAUGCUGCUGAAACUCCUGAACAUGUCUUAAAGGGAGUUGAACUUAUGCCCCUUCAUGAUACAUCUCCAGAAGAGGUUCCUGAGUCUUUAACUACAAAUGAAACCGCUGUUGAGACGUCGAAAGAGAUGGACACAAACCAAGCUGAUAUGAACUCUCUGGAAUCUGAAUAUGUAGUUGUAUCACCUUCAAAAUCUACAAACUCCAUGCCUGAAGAUUCAACUGAAAACUACAACAAGGAAACGAAAGAGACAUUUCAUAUGCCUUCUCACACAGAAGCUGCUCCUGAGUCAGAAUCCUCUUCUUUCAACUCAAUGUCAGUAGCAGCAGAAACAAACCUUGAUUCAGGUGAGUGGACGCAAGGAGGAGGUGAGUUUCUAGAUCUUGCAGAUGCAUACAAUAACAUUGUACACAACGAGAGUAACAGAGAAGCACAUAUAGAGCAAUGGAUGAGUAAAGACACUUCUAGAGUUAGCCAAGACCUCAAAGCACUCCUCACUCAAAUAUCAUCUUCUCGUAUAAGCCCCAGGAUAUCUAUUGAUCAUCAAGAGACAAAGAGCCUCGAUUACGACAUGCAGUUACUGAUUCAAAAGAGAAUGCUGGAGAGAAACGAGAGCACCUUAUCCUUGGAAGGAGUUUCUGUGAGUGAUAUAGAAGGAGAAAGUGAGAUUGAGAGGUUGAAAAGACAGGUUGAUCAUGACAGGAAGUUUCUCACUGGUUUAUAUAAAGAGUUGGAUGAAGAGAGAAAUGCUUCAGCUGUUGCUACUAACCAAGCAAUGGCUAUGAUUACAAGGCUGCAGGAAGAGAAGGCAACGUUUCAGAUGGAAGCUUUGCAGAACCUAAGGAUGAUGGAAGAGCAAGCUGAGUAUGAUAUGGAGGCAAUACAGAAACUUAAUGAUUUGGUUCUUGAAAGAGAGAAGGUUAUUCAAGAAUUAGAAGCUGAGAUUGAUUACUUCAGGAACCAGACUCCACAUAAGAAGAUACAGAACUGUUUAAAUGGUUUUGAGGAAGAGAGAUUAUACAUCACUAGUUGUUUGGAGAAGAUUGAAAAAAUGGAGCAAGCAGAUGUAAAUGGUGAGGCUAAUGUUGAGAAACUUGCAACACAAGAAUCUGUUACUGAGCUACGUGAGAGAGUAGAGAAGCUGAAGGGAGACUUGUAUUUUUUAGAACAUGUUGUUAGUUCUCUUGGGUAUGGAAGUGAAGGUGUACAGUUUGUUAAGGAAAUAGCUUCUCAUUUGCAAAACCUCAGCAUGAAAAGACAUAAUCAUACAGAGAGUACUUGA